UGGCUCCAGGCGGCCCCGUCACAUCCGCUGGCCGGAGCCCCGUGGGGAAGUUUCUUGGCGCUUGUUCCCAGCCCAAACUCUUGGGUCCCGCCGCUGCGCGCGGAGCGCCCCCCGGGCUCUGGCGGGGGCAGCGGUGGGGCGCCGGGGUGCGAGAUGAAGCCGGGGCGUGGGGAAGCCGGAGCCGCCCUCCUCCUCCCCCUCCUCCUCCCGCUCCCCAGCUGCUGCAGCCCCGCGGCCAGGCGGCUGCUCUCUCCUGCCUGAGCCGCCGAGCGUCCCGCUGCCGCCGGGAUGGGGACGCUGCCCGCGGCUCCCUGCCUCCUGCUGCUCCUGGCUGGCGCUGCCGGGCUGGGCCGGCCUCGCUUCUCCUUCCCCCUGCGGGUGUCUCCGCCGGCCGCCCCGGGGAACGGCUCCGGGAGCAGCCGCCAGCUGGCCCCCCUCGGCGAGGCGGACGGCUUGGCCUUGGCCUCGGAGCCCGGGGCCGCCGUCAGCUUCUUGGCCAUGGUGGAGAAUCUGCAGGGAGACUCCGGCCGGGGCUACUACCUGGAGAUGCUGAUCGGGACCCCGCCGCAGAAGUUAAAUAUUCUGGUUGACACUGGAAGCAGUAAUUUUGCAGUCGCAGGUGCCCCAAACCCUGAUGUAACAUUGUACUUCAAUACAAAGGAGUCAAGUACAUAUAAGUCACAAGGCACUGAUGUCACUGUUCGGUAUACUCAAGGAAGUUGGACUGGAGUGCUUGGCACUGAUGUCAUUACUAUUCCAAAGGGAAUCAAUGGCACUUACACUGUCAACAUUGCUACCAUUCUGGACUCAGAGAAUUUCUUUUUACCGGGGAUUAAAUGGCAUGGAAUCCUUGGACUUGCUUAUGAUGCCUUAGCCAAGCCGUCAAGUUCUGUGGGGACAUUCUUUGAUUCCCUUGUGAGUCAAGCGGAGAUUCCCAACGUUUUCUCCCUGCAGAUGUGUGGAGCUGGAAGGCCUGUUUCUGGAAGUGGUACCAACGGAGGUAGUCUUAUCAUGGGUGGAAUUGAACCAAGUUUGUACAAGGGUGAUAUCUGGUACACACCUAUAAAGGAGGAGUGGUAUUACCAGAUUGAAAUUCUCAAACUGGAAGUUGGAGGCCAGAACCUUAACCUGGACUGCAGAGAGUAUAAUGCGGACAAAGCAAUAGUAGACAGUGGCACCACUCUCCUCCGCCUGCCCCAGAAAGUCUUCAAUGCUGUGGUCGAAGCAAUUGUGCACACAUCUUUGAUCCAAACAUUCUCCUCUGGAUUCUGGACUGGUUCCCAGCUUGCAUGCUGGGAUAAAACCAAAACACCAUUUUCCUUAUUUCCUAAACUUUCUAUCUACCUGAGAGAUGAAAACUCUAGCAGAUCAUUUCGGAUCACUAUCCUACCACAGCUUUAUAUUCAACCCAUCCUUGGGAUUGGACAGAAUUUAGAAUGCUACCGGUUUGGCAUCUCUUCGUCCACCAGUGCCCUGGUUAUUGGUGCUACAGUUAUGGAGGGCUUCUAUGUUAUCUUUGACAGGGCUCAGAAGAGAGUGGGCUUUGCAGUUAGUCCAUGCGCAGAAGUUGGUGGCUCUCCAGUAUCUGAGAUUGAAGGCCCUUUCACCACAUCAGAUAUAGCAAGCAACUGUGUCGCCAAGAUAACCUUCCAUGAACCGAUGUUGUGGAUUAUCUCUUAUGCUCUCAUGAGUUUAUGCGGAAUCAUCCUCCUUGUCUUGAUAAUCUUUCUGCUUCUUCCACCUCGCUGUCAGCAUUGCUUCACUGACAAUGAUGUAGUCAAUGACGAGUCAUCGUUAGUGCGUCAUCGAUGGAAAUGAGGAACUUGAUCAAAGUCAAAGAACCUUGGAUUCUCUUAACACAAUUAAGGAUAAAGUUUCCAACCAUGGAGAGAAAGCCAAGGCCUUCUUCCAUAUACAUUAAUCUCAAAUCACUGUUCUACUGCUGGAUACUCUGCAGGCAUAUUGCAUCAUAACUUUUACGCUUUAUUUUCUAACACUGAUUCUGACCAAAACAUUAUAACCUUACUCAAGUGCUACCUUACUGGUUCUGCUCCUCAAUAGCACAGCUGAACCUUUAAGAUCUCAGUAGUGCUUUUAAAAACAAAAACAACCAAAAAAACCCAACAUUGUGAUGUUCUUCCAUCAGAUGCACAAUGUUACUCAUCCCUUCCUCACAAGAAGAAAAGAACUGUCAAGUUUCUAAUCUUAAUCAAGCCUUGAAUAUAGAAAGAAAAAAGACCAUAAGUUUUAUUGAUUUUUCUUAUUAAUCACAUUAAAGAAAUACUAUUUUCUGUUUACAGCAAUUCAUUUUCAAACAGUGCUCACAGCGCGGGGGAGAGGGAAAGGUGAGUCUUGUGCAGCAGAUGGAAGAAAGUCAGGUCAAGAAGAAAUUUUAUUUUAUUUUCCAAGAAAAUAAACUGCUGACAUUUGAAUGGGUCUCCCUUUGUAGGCCAUCCUUCCUAAAUAGAUUGAAGAGGAAAAAUGGGAAACCAAAACUACUCAGCUUUAGUGUAAAACAAGACUACCUCUGUUAAUUUAUAAGGAUACUUACUCUUGGUAAGUGUGGCGCACAUAAAACUGCUCUUAAACCACUAGAAAUCUCUUACCACAAGAUGCAUUUUCUUGACUCCCAAAUAGUUAUUGCUUAAUCCUCCUUUUAUAAAAUAGUUUUUCACUUAAACACGUUAAGGUAUGUCAGCUUAGCUCUGGCAUGUCCAUCUUGGUGAAAAAUAUAUUGACGCUGAGCGGUGGGAAUGCUAGGUAAGAGACUGAAAAGUACUGGUCCAGUAAUCCUAAAAAUUAUAUUAAAAAUAAAAAACCACUCUGGACCAGAUUAUUAUCUCAGUUGUACAAGCAUAAAUCUGGAGUUUAACGGAGAUCAGAAUUUGACCCUUUCUUUAAAUAUUGAUGAGUAUUUUCUUAUAGCUAGUAAGCCAGUGUUGCAGUAGCUCAACCUUGCUUUUCUUCGUAAAGUUCUUGCUCAGUCAAUGGGGUGGCGGGGGGAGGGAAGGGAGGGAGGAACAGUGCUAGGCUUAGAAAUUCAAUUAUAGUUACACUUUUUAAACACGACCUACAUUUUGUGUCCUGGCUAAAAGUGCCUCUUACGGUGUUUUAUUAUAGUUUCAGAUUGCUGGGUUGUCUGAGGAAAUAGCUGGAGUUUGUUUAUACAUCUGAAAAUGCUUUUCUUGGAACUAGGAGUAGGAAAUUUCUGCAUAGGUCUUGUUUUGGUUUUUUUCUUCUUCUGGCCUUAUAAAAAAUCUAUACCAAGAAAUGUAAAAAUCUGCAUAGCAAGAAUGAAAAAAAUGUGUUAGAAUUAGGCUUAUUUUCAUAGAUUUUUAUCCCGAUGAUAUUUCUCACUAUAAAUCCACACAACUUCCCUUUUAUUAUUGUUAAAAAAUAGACUUUUUUUUCCUUUCUCAGUUCUAAUAUGAAGAUGACUGAAAUCAUGCGAAGAAAGCACCAUCUUUGUUUCCUCAUGUGAGCUGGGUGACUUGAGUUUUUUUCUUUCACAUAUCAUGUCAUUUCUGUUCCAUAGUGCACUUUCAGAUUAAGUUUGGAUUUUUCUUUUCUUGCAGAAAAGGAGAAUAAAAUGCAAUGCACCUGAUUUUCUGAAGUCCUGAGCUCCCACCACUCCUAUUGUCUUCACAUGGCACUGGGGUGCUCAGAACUUUCGAAAAUGUGGCCCUGAGUUUCUUUAUAAUUGAAGGUUCAUACCAUUGAAACAAAUUUGCAUUAGGAGCAUUGAGUUGAAACAUAAAAAGAAAGUUCCUUUUUGAGUUUUAACGAAAGUUUUUGCUUUGGAAAGAAUGGUGUUUCUAGUUCUUUAAUCCAAUUCCAUUCAGUCCUCCUGAGUUUGGCUUGGCACAUAGGAAUGUGACUGAAAAUAAUCUUUUUGGUUUUUGUUAAAGAAAUAUGUUUAAUACUCUUGUCAUAUUUUGUUUUAAAUUAAAAUAUUUUUGACUUUUUGUACAGAAUCUGGAUUAAUAGUACAGGGGAGAAUGGAACCAUCUUUAUUACUUUUGAAGGGGAAAAACUGCAUACCCUUGAAAUAUUUUCACUUUAGCUUUCUGAUUACUGAAGAAGAUCUUAAGCAAAUUAUUGGACAAAAUUAUUGGUAUACUUUGUAUUGACAAGUCAGUUCUCUCCAGAGUAGUUCAAUAAAGUAUUUUUAAUGUACUGUAUUUCAUAUAAAAGCCCUUCUGUUUGUUUCAUUUUAAAUGUCAUCAGUCAAGAUAUUUUAAUAGAAAUACUUGAAUUACAUAAGCAAUAAUCCAGUAACAGAAAUUAAAUAGGCGGUAAUACAGUGUGAGUUUUCACGGCAUCCCUUGCCACUAAAAAUCUGGCUUAUGUUAAAGUGCUGUUAGUUACAUCCGCUAGCCGAACAAACUUUCUCAGCUACUAAAUUGAUACUCACCAUGGCAGAUAUUCAGGUGGGUAUUGUUUUGUUGCUCUGGCAACUCUUACAGGUUUCAAUUGUUAGCCAGCAGCACAUUACGAAAAUAAUGCACUUGAGCGUUUUUCUAUGAAAGAUGAAGCUCAAUGGGAUAAACUAAAAUCUUAUGAAGUGUUUCUUAUUCAGGAGGAUUUUUUUUCCAGUUUUGAAAUAGUGCUAUAAGGUAUCUGAUACUCCUGUUGAUUUAUUUCAGGGAUAUUCAUAGAUUUUUAAACCAUGCCUUCAAAAACAAGGUUAUAGGGGAAAAUAGGUAUUGAUUUUCAAGACAGUUUGUCACUUUUAAAAAAAUAAACAAAUGUACCCCAAACGAAGGGGUAAUAGACCAAUAUAUCCCAAUGCUAAUAUAACCAUAGUAGUUUCUGAUGCAAUGCAGUCCCAAUUUUAACAUUAAAUUUAUUUACCAGGCAAAUGUGGAAAAGUCAUAGUUCAUUGCACAGAGCUUCUUUAAUCAUUAAUAAAAUUUAGCUGUUUCCUAAUUAAUUUGAUGUGCCAUUGAUUUCACUUCAUGCUGGAAUUCAAGCUGCAGCAAGGGAAAACAAUAAUUCUGUCUUUACUGUUCUGUUGCUCCAAGUUCAAUUUCAGGGAUCUUAUUUUGGGCUAACUUGCUCAACUCAGGCAGUGACAAGAACAGAUAAAUAUGAUUUUGAAAGUAUUUUUUUAUAUAUUGUAAUGAAGUUGAGCUGACUGCUAAUGUUAAUUAAAUAGCCUACACUUAGCAUCCUUCUGCUAUAGAUCUUGAACUUACUUAAAUCACACUGAUUUAUCAGUCAUUAACAUUCCAGUUCUGAGCUUUGCCUUUGUGUAGAUUAAUAGAUAGUAAAUCACAGACUCCUCAGAACUAAGAAUCUGUAUGUCUUUUUAAGAAAGAAACACUAACUUCUUAACAAUAUUCUUAUCUUUAUUAGUUGAAAGCCAGUAAUUGAGUAGAAUCCUAAGCUGUUUUCUUUAUAAGAGUGGAAGUCUUCCUUGGUAUUGAUUGCAGGGUACAUUAUUUUGGUAGUAGGUAGUUUGUGUUGUCUGUGCGUGAAAAUCCCUGGUGCACCUAUCCCAACAGCGUAGCAAUUCUACGUAGGAUUUGCUAAAUACAAGAGACUAGAUUCUAUGGCUCAGAGGUCAUCCAGAAUGAUUGUUCCAUUGAAGUGAUUUUUGAUUUCUUUAAUGGUCCCAAUACGAGUCUUCCAAUUCUGACAUCAGCUUUGCCAGCAUGAAGAAGCUUGGAAAGGUAACCUGUAGAAAUGAGUGUGAAAGUAAAUGAAAUAUGUGUAAAUCAGAAAAGUAAGCUGCCCAUAAUUUGUAAUUGUUUCUAUUGUAAAACAGUUUAAAAUCUACAGAAUUGGCAUUCUUUACAUGAAUUUCAGGUACAAUUUGCCAAAAUAUUACAAAUGAUUAUAGAUUACUUUAUGCCUCCUAUAGGUUCAAGUUAAGUCAGACUCUACUCCUGGACUGUUGCAGGCGCUGGUUUUAUAACCAUUGACAUUCUUGCUGCUGUUUGACUAUCAUAAGCGAGUUAGGUUGUAUCCCAUUAUCAUCCUCCCAUCUCUUGAGCUUCUCAGAGUAACUUCCUUCAUAUCUAGGCUAGGCUCGUAAUGGUCCCAGGUCUUACGACUGCCUAAUGGCUCUUAAGUGACAUAAUUCACUGCUCUGAAAUUAACUGAUGGUCUCAGCUCGGCUUAUAUAGGAAAGGGAGCCAUAUUGCAAAAACCUCUGUUGCAACUGGCGCUGACAGGCAGAGAGACUAAGGAUUCGUUGAAAUGGAUUAGUUUUGUAAAAUAGUAUGCGAAGAGACUGUACUCUGCACCUACUAAAAGACUGAUCACAGCUGAAGCAUGUUUGUUUGGCAGGGCAGAAUAGAAAAGCUUGCGUUGCUGCUGCUCUGGCUUUACCUCUGCUGUGGCUACUUAGAUCUUAGUUCACAGUCUGGCACCUUCUGUGAGAAUUCACUUGUAGGUAUGUUUUCAAAAAUAAGACUAUCCUAAAGAACCUCUCUCAUGUUCUUCACGUCAGAGUGGAUGCAUAAUUCUCAUUAACAAGUGUAAUGAUUCCAGACUGGAAUCUCAAAGCACCCACUACAUAGUUUUUCCCGCAUUCUGAUUGCGGAUAACCUUGUUUUUCUGCAUUGCUGAUGAAACUAGGUUCUUAUAUAUAUUUUAAAUAUAUUAAAUAUUCAUUACUACUUGCAUAGCUUCACAAAUAUUUAAACUUUUUUUUUUCUUUUCAUUGUUAAUUCAGCAUGGUUGGCUCUCUAGUGUUAGGCAGACAGUUUAUAUUGCGACAAAAAAUG